UUUAUUAAAACAAAUAUUAAGAGGGGUUUAACCAAACUAGAUUAGGAGUUAAAGACUUAGUAUGGAGAAAACAUAAAACCUCUUUAGUUACAACUCUUCUCUGCUUGUAGGGCUAGACUUUUUGUAAUUAAAGUCAAGCCUACCUUUCAAGGUAAGCUUAAAUUUCACAGUAAAUUUUCAAAUUUUUUGUUCUUAGUUUAACUGGUCAAGUAGGUAGGCUAACCUCUAAAUUUGACUAAAGAUAUUUAGUGUAAGAAGAGAAUAAAUUAUUGAAGAAUAAACAGUAAAAUUUCUUUCUUCAAGCUUCACCCAGGACUUAUUUCAACCUUUCUCGCCUUAAUGAGCCUACCUCAGGAGCAGAAAUAUCUUCUCCAAGUGCAAAGAUUUUAGGAUGAAUUUGAUUUUGCUAAAUUUCCACUAAACUUAUUGCUUAAUGAAUGGUAAUAAAUUUAAUGAAAGCAAUAAAUAGACAAUUUUUACAUCUUUAUUAAUUAUAAAUAAUUCUUCAAAAUUUCUGACGUUUUCAUGAAACUCUCUAAAUAUCAGAUGAGGAGUUUACCCAAAGAAAUCAUGCUUGAUGCAACCUUUGGAACUUUUGAGCUAUUAAAAUGUAAUAUGAAGACAUUUAUCAGGUUAAUGACUAAAACUCAUUAAGAAAGAAUAAUAAUGCUAAUUCAUUCCAUCUUCCUUCGACCAUUCACUUGAAUUGGUAGGUUCAGAGGAACUUAAAGUUAUUUGCUACGACUAUCAUAGUUCGAAAGGACUAUAAUAUUCGUUUGGCAAGACACCUAGCAUGAUUCGAAUGAUGCCCUUUAACGAUUCAUGAAGGCUUCUCAAAAUCUAGGUUUAGUUAAUAAUUAAUAAAUUUACCCGAGAAAUAACAAUUUGAAGUCGCCUGAUUUGUUGAUAAUAAAAGAGUUUAUUUUAAAUAAUUUCAUUUCUAAUUAUAUUACCACCUUAUUUCCCCAGAAUUUUAGACAAAUCUGGAGAAUGAAAAGUAAUGCUCUGCUAUCAUACCACUCCUCACUCAAAACUAUUUAAGCAAGAAUUUUAGAUUCAGAUAAAUAAUAUUUUAUCAUGAAUAUGGAAUUCCAAAUUUUAAACUUCCAGAGUUACCAACUUGCCCUUGAGCUCUAUGCUCCCCAGCUCAUAAUAAUGGACACUUGUGUAGUCAUGCCAAUGGGUGUAGAUCAGAGCAACUACUGCGAGUGCUCUCUAGAUUUAUCUAGCUAUUGCCUCUGCCAGCUUGAAGGGCUGAGUUCUUACUGUGGUUGCAGUAGAAGAAAGCCACUUGAAAAGGUGGAACCUUCUCAAAGUUUAAUGAUCACAAAGCCAGAAACAACAAUUCAAGACAAAUUUAUCAGGAAAAGAACGGCUUAUCUUCGAGCCAAACUUAAGAGGCUUUAUAGAUACCUUGAUCAAAUUGCUGAUGAUGCCAAAGUACUAGUGUAUGGGAAACAAAAAGUAAAUCCAAAAUCUCGCAAAGCUAGCUCAAGAAGAUCCCGAUACAUCGGAGUGUUCAAAAACGGGGCCAAGUGGCAAGCCCUGAUCAAUAUCCACGCGAAGAAGACUUACAUCGAAACAUACCUGACUGAAGAGCCUGCUUCCAGAGCCUUCGACUUAAUGUCGUUGAUCUUAAACUCAGAGAAAGCUGUGACCAACUACGACUACUCGAAGACAGAUAUCCUUGAGUUGAUAGCUUCUCACUCGUGCAUGGAAUGCCCUGAGGCCAUUGUCAAUAAGUUUUGCUUAUAAGCUGCAUUUCAAUUA